AUGAAAAAGGCAAAAGGCGAACACACGAGUUCCGACUCAGUGGACACAAUAUCCGAGUUGCCGAAAGACAUCUUGCACAGAAUUAUGUAUUUCCUCACCCAAGAAGAGGCUGUCCGAACAUCUGUCUUGUCCAAACCCUGGCGUUACAUUUGGUGCACUCGCCCCGUUCUUAAUUUCUCAGACGCCGCCUUCAAAGGUAACAAACAAGAAUUUGUAGAUGUUAUUGACAAGAAUUUGCAACGAUACUAUGAUCAAAGGUUGUGCGUGGAUGAAUUUCAUCUCCGUAUAUCGAAAGGCUAUUUGAAUCACGAAUCUUAUUAUCUUCUUGAAAAAUGGAUUCGAACACUCACGGUUAUCGGCACGAAGAAGUUCCGUCUCUCUAAUCGUACGGAGAAUGGCUUUGUUUACUAUGUGCCUCCCGUAGUUUUUGAAGCUCGAUCGCUUGAAGAUUUGCACGUAGAAAUAUGCACGUCGGACGAAAAGGAGUACGGAAGGAUAGUAUUCUCUAAGCAUCUGAAAAAACUUCAUCUCGAAAAAAUCUACAUUCGGGACGAAGUUUUUCACAAGGCAAUCUCGAUUUUUCCUUUUGCGGCUAUCGAAACCAUGUCUCUUGAUUCGUGCGAAGGAUUACGGAACGUUAACAUUACCAAUCUUCGUAACCUCAAGAACUUUUCUUUUUGUACGAAACCCUUGGCGUAUGAUCACGAGGAACGUUGUAGCAUCGAGAUCCAUCCGCCAUCUCUCGAGACCGUCAAAAUUACGUUCGGUAACCUUCGGUUCCGCAGAGGAGCGGAUUUUCGUAGUCUCAAUAAAUUGUAUCUAUUCGGUGUGAAAUCGAAAUUGGACCAAUUGUCCUCAUGUAAAUUCCCGAGUCUGAAAGUCUUGACUAUGCACUAUUGUUACGAACUGAAAGAAACGAAGUUAUUUAUCGACGCACCAAACAUAGUCAAAUUUAGAUAUCUAGGAGAGUUUAUCCCAUCCAUCUCUUUUGCGACAACUAGUUCUAGACAUUGGUCUUCGCAGAUACAUCUGCGUCCGAAAAACGGCGCUUCUUCGUCUUUGUGGUUCCAAAAGCUAAAAGAACUGCUCGAUUCGUUAGGUCAAUCGAAUUUUUUUUUGUUUAUUGUCGACAAUUCCGAGAACGAUGAGGGCAUCAUAAUUCAAGACGGCGGUUGUGAAAAAAAGCAUGUUGUGGUGGAGAGCUUGGGGAUCCAAUCUCGUUUAUUUUCUACUUUUUCUUCUCUUUUGAACGGCGCGUUUAGUAUUUGUCGUCCGAGAAACAUCGGUGGGUACGACCUCGGAAGGGAUAAUGACAAUAUCGAGUGUGUGCGGAAGAUUCUAAUGCAGAGGGAAAGCGAAAACCAAUUAGAUCAAUUCUCGCAGAUGUGGCUUCGAGAUUUGGAGGAUGUGAGCUUGGAGGUUUACGACAAGAAUCGGAAUGAAUGGAUUGCGACAAGUGUGUCCGAAUUGCCGAACUUUAAAGAAACAGAAUAUAAUUAUAUUCGGUUUGCAUUGAAAUGGAGAUAA